AUGCAUGGAGCUGUUGAGGAAGCUGAGGUGGGGAGUUCUUUUCCUCCACCUACACCUAGUGAAGGUGUAACAGCUGAUGAUGAUAAGGAUGAGAUUAAAGAGAAAAGCUUUAGAAAAUCAACUGCCAACAACCUCAAGGACCGGAAACUGUCGUGGGCAAAGCUCCGCCGCAUCGACUCCCUCAACUUGGAGGCCGGAACAGUUUCCGGCAAACGUACCGGCGGUGGCCAUGGCAACAAGGAUUUAGGAUGGAAAACCACACUCAGUUUGGCAUUUCAGAGCAUAGGAGUAAUAUACGGUGACAUUGGGACUUCUCCAUUGUACGUAUAUUCCAGUACAUUUCCUGAUGGAAUACAUGACAAAAAUGACCUCCUUGGUGUUUUGUCCCUGAUUAUCUAUACCCUAACUCUCUUGCCACUGAUCAAGUAUGUGUGUAUUGUCUUGUGGGCAAACGACAAUGGCAAUGGCGGGACAUUUGCGCUCUACUCCUUAAUUUGUAGACAUGCAAAGGUAAGCCUUAUUCCAAACCAACAGCCAGAGGACACGGAAGUCUCAAAUUACAAAAUAGAUAUACCCUCCAACCAGUUGAGAAGGGCUCAAAAGGUUAAAGAAACCCUGGAAGGAAGCAAAGUAGCAAAAAUCAUACUUGUGUUUCUUCCCAUCCUUGGAACUUCUAUGGUCAUGGGUGAUGGGAUCCUCACUCCCUGCAUUUCAGUGCUUUCUGCUGUGAGCGGGAUCACAUCCCUCAAACAAGACGCUGUUGUUGGAAUUUCAAUUGCAAUAUUGAUCGUUCUCUUCUCCGUUCAACGCUUUGGCACGGACAAGGUUGGCUUCUCAUUCGCUCCAGCAAUCAGCUUGUGGUUCCUAUGUAUAGGUCUUACUGGCUUCUACAACUUAUUUAAGCAUGACCCUGGGGUCCUACGUGCUUUCAAUCCAAAAUACAUAUUCGAUUACUUCAGAAGAAAUGGUAAGAAAGGAUGGAAAUCACUAGGUGGAGUCGUCCUAUGCGUUACAGGGACCGAAGCUAUGUUUGCUGAUUUGAGUCACUUUAGUGUGAGGGCUGUUCAGAUUAGUUUCUCCAGUGUAGUGUUCCCGACCCUAAUUUCAACUUACCUAGGUCAAGCUGCAUACCUCAUGAAGUUCCCUGAAAAUGUCGGCAACACAUUCUAUAAGUCAGUUCCAGAUUCAAUCUAUUGGCCUACAUUUGUUAUAGCUGUCGUUGCAGCCAUUAUUGCCAGUCAAGCUAUGAUAUCUGCGGCCUUUGCAAUUAUUUCUCAGGCCCUUAAUCUAGGUUGUUUCCCAAGGGUUAGAGUUGUUCACACAUCUGCCAAGUAUGAGGGCCAGGUUUAUAUUCCUGAGCUCAACUAUUUCAUCAUGACGGCUUGUAUAAUGGUUACUGCAAUAUUCAGAACCACAGAAAAGAUCGGCAAUGCUUAUGGAAUUGCUGUCGUCUCUGUAUUUGUGAUAACCAGUAGUCUGGUCACUUUAAUUAUGACUUUUAUAUGGAAGGCAAGCAUAUGGUGGAUAGCUCUCUUCUUUCUAACGUUCUUUUGCACAGACUCCAUAUAUCUAUCAGCUGUGCUCUCCAAAUUCAUACAAGGUGGUUACCUCCCUAUAGCAUUUUCAUUCUUCUUGAUGACAACUAUGGGAAUUUGGCAUUAUGUCUACAAAGAGCGAUACUUGUUUGAGCUCGAGAACAAGGUAUCCAGUGAUUAUGUGAAAGAUUUGGCCAGAAACCCACAAAUUAGAAGAGUACCUGGUAUUGGACUUCUAUACUCUGAACUCGUUCAGGGUAUUCCACCAAUAUUUCCCCACUUUGUUUCUAACAUUCCAACAGUUUACUCAGUCACGGUGCUGGUCUCCAUAAAGUCCCUCCCAAUUAGUAAAGUGCCACUGGAUGAAAGGUUUCUUUUUCGACAGGUUGAGCCAAGAGAUUAUCGAGUGUUUCGUUGUGUAGUGAGGUAUGGAUACAAUGACAGAAUUGAGGAGCCUCAGGUGUUUGAGCAGCAGCUUGUGGAGAACUUGAAGGAAUUCAUCAGGCAUGAGCAUUUCAUCCUUGAAGAUGCAUCUAGAGAGCAAAUGCCUGAUUCAGACAUCCAAGAUUCAGGUUUAAUGCAGAAAGAUGGAAAUCCUAGAAAAUCCGGUUCCAAAACUGUUCAUGUCGAAGAAUCACUGCCAGAGGUACAGCAAAGUGCAACCGGAGUCUCAUCAAGUUCAAUCCAGUCAUUUAAUGCUGCAAAAUCAACCAAUUCCUCGAUCCGAACCAUUCCGGGGUCCACCCAGCUGGGUGUUGAAGAGGAGCUACAGAUUGUGCAGAGAGCCAAAGAACAAGGAGUGUUUUAUCUUCUGGGAGAAGCAGAAGUGGUGGCAAAACAAGAUUCAUCCUUCUUCAAGAAGUUUGUCGUCAACUAUGCCUACAAUUUCCUUCGGAAGAAUGUCAGGCAAGGGCAGAAGCUCUUGGAAAUUCCUAGGACUAGGCUUUUAAAGGUUGGAAUGGUUUAUGAAGUUUAA